AUGUGUAUAUUUCAAUUAUAUCAAGUAAGUAAUGAUUUUAUUGAUGAAAUUAUAGGGAGUAAUUCAGGUUAUAUUUUAAGUUCUCUUGAUUAUGAUACUAAAUUCUUUUUAACUUUAAAAGAUACAAAUCAUCAUAUUAAUGUUUGUUUAUUUGGAACAGACAUGGAAGUUGUAUUUUGGGAGUUAUCUAAGAAGCAAAAAUAUAGGUGUUAUAACAAAAUUUUUAAAAAUUACCUUAUUAUAGUUAAUUGUGAUGUAUGUGGAUUAGAAAUAUACAACACUAACAAAAUCUGCAGUUUAUAUAACAUAUAUCGACUUCCUUUUAAGAUUGUUGAUUUUGAUAUUAAUGACAAUAACUUGGUUAUUUUAACAGAAAAAACAAUUGAAUUUUAUAAAAAUUAUAACGGUAGAAGAUAA